UUUCCGCCCUCCCUGGAGAUACCACUCACUCGUAGCCCUUCCACCGGUCCCGUUUUUACAAGUAUUUUCUUUUUUUUAGAGUUCCCGGCGGAGAUAGAUCACCAUUCAAAGAUGCAGUCAUCCAACCAAGAGAACUUCUUUGAGACGGACGCACAGCAGGCCAAGCGCCAGCUGCGAGCCAAGAAGGAGGCAAACACCUUUGGCAACCCGCUGCGCAUGCCCUCCAAGCUCCUGGCCGUCAUCCCGGACCCCAAGAAGCCGCAUGUCUCCGUCUUGGUCGCCGAGUCGGGCGGGCGGGUCUCCCGGGUCGACACUGAGACACGCGCCGUCACGGCAAGGUACACGGGCCCGUCGGUCCCCGUGACGUGCCUCGCGACGGGCGGCGCCUCGGACGGCGUGCUCUUCGCCGGCAGCUGGGACAAGACGGUCUGGUCCUGGGACCUCGCCACGCGCCGCCCGCUCCGCCGGUACGACGGGCACUCGGACUUCGUCAAGGCCGUCGUCUGCGGCCGCCUCGGCGGCAAGCCGAUCCUCGUCAGCGGCGGCGCCGACAAGAAGAUCAUCGUCUGGGACGUCGACUCGGGCCGCAAGCUGCACACCCUCCAGGACCCGACCACCGCCAUGAUGUCGCUGCAGCACCUCGCCGUCGACCCCGUGCUGAGCACCCCCGAUGAGAUGGUCCUCGUCAGCGCCAGCAGCGACCCGCACAUCCGCCGGUGGCGCGUCACCCUCGACUCGUACUCGCAGCUGCCCAUCGACGAUGCGGCGGCGAAGACGACCGGGGCGGGCGAGGAGAAGCUCACGAUCCAGGAGCACGAGACGAGCGUGUACAAGGUCCUCUUCGACGCCGCGGGCGACGAGGUGGACCUCUGGACCGCGAGCGCCGACGGGACCGCCAAGCGCCUGCUGCGCGAGAGGGCCUUCGCCGCCGACGACGUCUUCGAGCACGGCGACUUCGUCCGCGCCAUCGCCCUGGCCGGCGAGUGGGUCGUCACGGCCGGCAUCAGCCAGCAGAUCAAGGUGUGGGACCGCACGUCGGGGGCCCUGCGGGCCGUCGUGGACGCCCACUUUGACGAGAUCACCGACCUCGCCGUCCUCCGCGACCCCGCCGGCCGCGCCGCCGACGACGUGCUGUGCAGCGUCGGAAUCGACUGCACGCUGCGGACGUGGCCGCUGGACGGCCGGGGACUGGACGCCGUCGUCGAGGAGAUCCGGGCGGCGGACGAGGCCGUUCCGGAGGACGGGCAGGCGGAGCCGGCGAAGAAGGAGGGGGGAGAAGGGCUGAUGACGGCCGAGGAGGAGGCCGAGCUGGCGGCGCUGAUGGAGGAUGAUUAGGCACUUCGCCGUUCGAGGGGGGACAAUGUCGUGAUGAUGCCGUGGGAGAGGGGCCCAGGUCCAGACCGCGUCUCCGUACGGGGAUCAGGAGGUUCCCCCGGGCUCUGCGAAUCAUUACAACCGCGACUCGACCAAACAAUGAAACAAGAAAGGGGAAAAAUACUAUUGCUCACAUUUUUUCGUCGCCAGAAAAAAAAAAAGUCAGCUGUGUGUGAAGUCGUGGGUAGAUAAGGCUUUCUGGCCU